UCACUGCCUGCUUAGAGUUUAGUUGGUUUCGAGACUUAAAACGAGAUGCUGCUGGCUUGGAUUGGUCUGCUGGGUGUUUCCUGUGCUCAGGCAGCCCAGGUCUAUAUGCACUUCAAUGGACUUGGUUACUCCUACAAUACGGAUGGCGAUAGACUGGAUAGGAGUGUCGUUCCUCCUACUUAUGGGGGCUCAUCCCUGGAAUCCUUUCAACCCUUGCAGUUUGUGCAUCAGGCUCUUAGGACCCGGCAUAACCCACUGCCUAGGAUCUUCCACAGUGCACAGGACAACCUGGCCACCUCUUCGCUGAGCAGGGGCUACAUAACAGCACCGCCUGCCCAACAGAGCCACCAGAACUUCGAUUUCAGCACCGACCAGAUGGCCCAUGCCCAGCACACCGACGAGUCGGGAAAUGUUUUGGGCAGAUACUCCUACUACGAUGAGGCUGGCUACCACGAGCUGAGCUACAAGGCGGGCGCCGGCAUCGGGUUCGUGGUCAUGGGUGGUAAUUUGGCCAAGGCCACCGCCACCUCAACCGCCGCUGAGCAGCACUCGGAAUCGGAAACGGAACUCGAUGUCGGAAAUCGAAACGGAAUCCAAACAAAUGCCUUGGCGAGCCUGCAAGAGUUGCAUAAAUAUCGUGGCUACACGUAAAUAAACAAAUUAGCUGAACCACUGCUCGUCCUACUUGGGUGUUUUUUUGUUAUUUAAUGGCAGUAUUUGGAGAUCUGACAGUGUCAACUGUCAAGUUUGACAUCUACGUGAUCGGGGAGUUCAACUGCAGGGGACUUACCUCCAAGAAUGAAUGACAAUGAAUACGUUGACUUCUGGUUUUGCUUGGCUAUUCCACUGGCACACUUUAAUUAGAUAUUUAGGAACGCUCUAUUAAAAAAAAAAUCAGCAAAUAUCCGUAAUUUUUAUAUAUAUACAAGUUUUUUCUUUUUGAAUAAAUCGCUAAUAUAUUGGCUCUA